UUUGGAGAGAAACGGGGACCAGCUGGGGUGCGGCCUGCCGUUUCCCUGAUUUUCGAAAGGCUGGAGGCCGCCAAACCCGGAGCGCCUCCAAGCGCCUCUUGCCCCGGGCUUCAGAGGCGGUCGAAUUGUGUGGGCGCCGCCCUGGCCAGGCGGGAAGGUAGUCGGGCUUCGGACGACCCUUCUCUUGGUGGCACAGGAUUUUCCAGCGAAGUGUGUCCCGACCGAGACUAGCGGGCUGCAUCUGGAGAAGGUGAUCUGUUGAAAGAAGUGACACAAGUACUGGGGAAAAUCUGCUCUUCGGUGCCAAGACAGGGGACAAUGUCACAAGUUAAAACUUCCUAUUCCUAUGACGCUCCCACGGACUUCAUCAAUUUUACCUCUUUGAAUGAUGAGGAAGAUACCCAAAACAUAGAUUCUUGGUUUGAGGAGAAGGCCAAUUUGGAGAAUAAGUUUCCUGGAAAGAAUGGCAUAGCAGGGCUUUUUCAGGGCAAAACCCCUCUGAGGAAGCCUAAUCCUCAGCAAGCUAUUGUCACGCCUUUGAGACCAGUUGACAAUACUUAUUACAAAGAGGCAGAAAAAGAAAAUCUGGCGGAACAGUCCAUUCCAUCAAAUGCUUGUUCUUUGGAAGUCAAGGGAACCACCUCAAAAUAUACUCCAGUGCAGCCUCAGAGAAGAUCUACUAGACUCUCUGCUCAGAAAGAUCUGGAACAGAAAGAAAAACAUCAUGCAAAAAUGAAAGCCAAGAGAUGUGCUACUCCUGUAAUCAUCAGUGAAAUUCCACCCUCCAAAAAAAUGAAAGUUUCUAACAAUAAAAAGAAGCCAGAAGAAGAGGAAGAAGGCAGUGCUCACCAAGAUACAUCAGAAAAACACGAGUCUUCCCCAGAGAAAGCCAAGGGCAGACAUACUGUGUCUUGUAUACAACCUGUGAGGCAGAAGAUUCUAAAAAGUACUGAGGAGCAAGAGUUGGAGAAGAGAAUGAAAAUGCAACAGGAGGUGGUGGAGAUGCGGAAAAAGAAUGAAGAAUUCAAGAAACUUGCUCUUGCCGGAAUAGGGCAACCUGUGAAGAAAUCAGUGAGCCAAGUAACCAAAUCAGUUGACUUCCACUUCCGCACAGAUGAGCGAAUCAAACAACAUCCUAAGAAUCAGGAGGAAUAUAAGGAAGUGAAUUUUACAUCCGAACUGCGAAAACAUCCUCCUUCUCCUGCCAGAGUAACAAAGGGAUGCACCAUUAUUAAGCCUUUCAACCUGUCCCAAGGAAAGAAAAGAACAUUUGACGAAACAGCUUCUACGUACGUGCCCCUUGCACAGCAGGUCGAAGCCUUUCAUAAACGAACCCCUAACAGAUAUCACUUGAGGAGCAGGAAGGAUGAUAUUCUGUUACCCUCCAAAUCUGCUGCGGUCAAGAUAUCCAGAGACCCACAGACUCCUGUGCUGCAAACCAAACAGCGCACAAGGCCUGUGACCUGCAAAAGUGCAGCGGAUCAGGAGGCAGAGGAACUCGAGAAACUGCAACAAUACAAAUUCAAAGCACGGGAACUCGAUCCCAGAAUUCUUGAAGGUGGGCCCAUCUUGCCCAAGAAACCUCCUGUGAAGCCACCCACUCAGCCUGUUGGCUUUGAUUUGGAAAUUGAGAAAAGAAUCCAGGAACGGGAGUCAAAGAAGAAAUCAGAAGAUGAACACUUUGAAUUUCAUUCCAGACCUUGCCCUACUAAAAUUUUGGAAGAUGUUGUGGGUGUUCCUGAGAAGAAAGUACUUCCAAUCACUGUCCCCAAGUCACCGGCCUUUGCACUGAAGAACAGAAUCCGAAUGCCCACCAAAGAAGAUGAGGAAGAGGAGGAGCCGGUAGUGAUAAGAGCGCAACCUGUGCCACAUUACGGGGUGCCUUUUAAGCCCCAAAUCCCAGAGGCAAGAACUGUGGAAAUAUGCCCUUUCUCUUUUGAUUCUCGAGACAAAGAACGUCAGUUACAGAAGGAGAAGAAAAUAAAAGAACUGCAGAAAGGGGAGGUGCCUAAGUUUAAGGCACUUCCUUUGCCUCAUUUUGACACCGUUAACCUGCCAGAGAAGAAGGUGAAGACCACAACUCAGAUUGAGCCUUUCUGCCUGGAGACUGACAGAAGAGGUGCUCUGAAGGCACAGACUUGGAAACACCAGCUGGAGGAAGAACUGAAACAGCAGAGAGAAGCAGCUUGCUUCAAGGCUCGUCCAAACACCGUCAUCUCCCAGGAGCCCUUUGUUCCCAAGAAAGAGAAGAAAUCCAUUGCAGAGGGCCUUUCUGGUUCUCUAGUUCAGGAACCUUUCCAGCUGGCCACUGAGAAGAGAGCAAAGGAGCGGCAGGAGCUGGAGAAGAGAAUGGCUGAGGUAGAAGCUCAGAAAAUCCAGCAGCUGGAGGAGGCCAGGCACCAGGAGGAAGAGCAGCAGAGGGAGGAGCUGGCCAGGCUACGGAAAGAACUGGUGCACAAGGCAAAUCCAAUACGCAAGUACCAGGGUGUGGAAGUAAAGUCAAGUGACCAGCCUCUGACUGUGCCCGUUUCUCCCAAGUUCUCCACUCGAUUCCACUGCUAACCUGAGCCGUGAGCUGCAGGCACCACCUGAGAACAGGAGCUGCUCUUUUCAUCAAAUCAGGAGCCUUCUUUCCUUGUCACCAGGGCAUGGAGAGAACCCAUUUCUCAAGACUUUUACCUGCCCAUGCCCAACAGAGUGUACCUGACAAGUGUGGACUCCAAUUUUGUUGAGAGUUGUUUUCCUACGUUAUUGAGACUAAGAAUGAGACCCAACUGAUGCAUGUCUUGCUCUGACUCCAUGUGAUUUCCUUUGAACCAUCAGUCAACCUUUAAUAUGAGUCUUAACUCUGACUAAGUUUGAAGUUUCUGUAUCAGCACAGUAUAUACUCUCUGUUGCCUCUUCACCCCCCUCUCCCUUUUUUUCUUUUUAACCAGCAAAUAAAGAUAGUUAAAUACUAAGAUAGGAUUUAAGUCAUGGCUUUCCUGAGGAACAGUCAGUGUAUCAGAUUCUUUCCUCAUUUCUGCCCCAAAUGAAUUUAGAGUCAAGUAGACUGUCUCUACAAGGGCGGAAGUCUCAAUUGCACAGCCACGAGGAAGACCAUGGACCGACAUGGAGCCUCAUGGCAUCCAUCGGCAAGUUUUGGGGCAGAGUUGCUGUUAAGGCACGUUCUUCCUUGUCAAUGCUGAUAAUAGGGGAUGCUGUCCAGUACACAUUUUAAGUCCUCCAAUAAAUUGGAGAGGAAUAAAUAUGUUUGUCUUCCCUUCCCUGAUUUUGUUACUUCAUGUUUUUAAUUCUGUCAAGCCCCCUUGGAGGUCACAUCUUAUUGGAGAAAUGGGUACUUUGAGAGGAGGAGGGUCCAGGAAGAUUUUAAAGCACAGGCUCUGUCCUUAGAGGAAUGUGCUUUGUAACGCUUUUCUGGCCUUCCUUAUUUUGUUAACUCCCUUCCCGGAAAUACUCUGGAAUGCAAUCCACGUGUGUUAUGCCUUUAUACAGACCUGUGCCUUCUUUCCUAAAUGUGUUUUUUCUCAUCUGGAAAAUUCCUUAUAAGGCUAAAGUAAAAUCUUUUUCAUAAAUCCUUCUUUGAACCCUGACCUCUGCAGGCAAGAAUGAACACUUCCUUCUGUGUGCCUCUCAAAUGUUUCCUGUAUAUAUCUCUAGUAGAACAGUUAUACUGCUGAAUUACUUGUUCACAAACUGGUAGAGACCCAGAUAUCUAAAAUUUUCUUAGUCUUUGAAAAUAAAAAAUUAUCUUAGUCAUCUCUGUA